AUGACUUCGGAAGGCCAUUGUGUUUUUGUGCUGGUCUACGUGGACGAUGUCUUGGUGACUGGAAGCUCGCUCGAGAUGAUUGCGCGCACCAAGAACGACCUCAAGACACGCUUCGAGAUGACGGACAGCGGCAAGUGUGCCUUUGUUCUUGGGAUCGAGUUAUUGGACGGUGAAGAUGGCAGCGUGACUAUGUGUCAGCGCCGUUAUGUCGACGAUGUCCUCAAGCGCUUUGGAAUGGAUGAGUGCAAGGCUGUGGCAAGUCCGGUGGACGUCAGCUCUCGACUGGUUCCAAGCAACUCUGCAAGCAAGAUGGAUGUCCCAUUCCGUGAAGCAGUGGGUGCUUUGAUGCAUCUGACGACUGCAACGCGACCGGACAUCGCCUAUGCUGUAAGCUUUGUGUCACGGUUCAUGGAGAAACCCCAAGAAGAACACUGGGUUGCAGUCAAGCGCAUCUUCCGCUACCUACAAGGCACCAAGAUGCAUGGAAUCUGCUACAAGCCAAGUGCGAAGAUCGACUUUCGUGGCUAUUCAGAUGCAGACUGGGCCGGUGACCUUGCUGAUCGCAAAUCGACGUCCGGCUACGUCUUCAUGCUAUUGGGUGCUCCGGUGAGUUGGGGCAGCAAGAAACAGCCAAGUGUGUCACUGUCUACAAGCGAAGCGGAGUACAUCGCGCUCAGCCUGGCGAUCCAAGAAGGCAAGUGGAUCAAUCGCUUGCUGUGCGAGAUCAUGGCGGCUGCAAAUGAAGAAGGACCCGAGCUCGUCAUCCGUGAAGACAACCAGUCGUGCAUCAAGAUGACGAAGAAUCCGGUCAACCACGGCCGCGCUAAACACAUCGACAUCAAGUACCAUCACAUCCGUGAUGAAGUCAAGCGCGGCGAAGUGAAGCUUGAAUACUGCGAGACGACGUUGAUGUUGGCGGACAUCAUGACCAAGGCACUUCACGGACCGCGUCACAAGGACUUGACGGCGGCGCUUGGCAUCCGUGCGUGUUCGGAUUGA